AUGAGCUUACUUUCAAGAGUAAGGCAUUAUUUACCCCGUGGUUUGUAUAGACAACCUCUUCAUCCAAUAGUAGUGCAGCUUAACGGCAGUAACAUAAAUGUAUUUUCAAGAAAUUUUGGUCAACCUGCAAGGAAAGAGGAGGAGGAGGAUGUAGAGGAAGUGGAAAUUGACCAGAGAAGUCUCCCAGCUGAUUUUGAUCCGGCUACAUUUGAUCCCAAUAAUCAUCGAGGCCCUCCAUCAGAAAGAGUUUUCAGGCUUGUCGAUGAAAUUGCAUCUCUUACAGUAGCUGAAGCUGCAGAUUUGGGUCUGGUUCUGAUGAAGAAAAUGGGAGUGAAGGAGAUGCCUAAUGUGGGAUUCAUGAAAGCAGGUGCUGGAAAUUUGGCUGGAAUGGCAGCGAAAGCACCAACAAAGGCCGAGGAGGAGCAAAAGCCGGAAAAAACCGUGUUUGAAUUGAAACUAGAGUCCUAUGAAGCGGCUUCCAAGAUUAAAAUCAUCAAGGAGGUCCGGGGCUUUACUGAUCUAGGUUUGAAGGAAGCAAAGGAUUUGGUGGAGAAAACACCUUCUAUUAUAAAGAAAGGUGUUUCAAAAGAAGAAGGGGAGAAGAUAAUAGAGAAACUGAAAGCUCUUGGUGCAAAAGUUGUUAUGGAAUGA